CAUAUGUUUACCCAUUAUUCUUGGAUUUAUCACACGGAUCAAUUUUGGGUGAGACAUUUUCCAAAGAUUCGUAUGUUGAUCGUCGCAAUAUAUUGUAAGCGGACGAAAAAUACGAGGUCUCAUCGGGACUCUAUCCGAAGAUCUUCUCACAUCAGUCUUACAACAGGUACUCUGUCUGCUGGACCUUGGAUGCCCCAUCCAGUGUAUUUCCUCUACUCGCUUAUGAUCCCUUCUUAGAAUCUUACAAUAUAAGACUAGCUGUUAAAAGCUGUCAAAAAACUGUAUAUGUGAUACUGAAGACAUUAAAACCGAAAAAAUUAAUUAUAAACACACGUGUAUAAAGUUUUCUGUUUCCUUAUUUAUUAUAAUAUCUCUCCAUUUUUUCGUCGUAAAAUAUUUUAUCUCGCGAUAAAUUAUGGCGGAAGAAGAGUCUGAGGAAAAGGAAUAUCGCUGGGAGACUGGUUAUGAAAAGACAUGGGAAGCAAUCAAGGAGGAUGACCAUGGAUUAUUGGAAGCAUCUGUCGCAGAUAUUAUUCAUAAUGCUAAGAGAAAACGUCAAUUGGAAAGAAAACAGGGUGCUCGAUUAGGAAUGAUGAGACAUCUUUAUAUUAUUUUGGAUGCCUCUGAAUCAAUGUCGAAUCAAGAUUUAAAACCGACUCGAUUCUUGUGUUCCCUAAAGCUUUUAGAAGACUUUAUCGAAGAAUUUUUUUAUCAAAAUCCUAUCAGUCAAUUAGGUGUAAUUAUAACUAGAAAUAAAAGGGCUGAAAAGAUUAGUGAUUUGGCUGGCAACUCAAAGAAGCACAUUAAGGAAUUACAAGCUCUACAACAAACUGUAGUAACUGGUGAACCUUCCUUGCAAAAUUCUUUGGAAUUAGCUACAAAAUCAUUGAAAUUAUUACCAUCUCAUGCUAGUAAAGAAGUAUUGAUAAUUAUCGGAGCUCUUACUACUUGUGAUCCAGGAGACAUCAAUGAAAUAAUACGAAAUAUGAAACUGGAUGGUAUCAGGUGUAGCGUAAUAGGAUUGGCAGCUGAAUUAUAUAUUUGUAAACGAAUGGCAAACGUUACUGGUGGAGAACACGGUGUUGCGCUCGACGAUAAACAUUACAAAGAGCAGUUAAACGCGCAUAUAGAUCCUCCACCUGCUGCAAUGCGAUUAGAUGCAGCGCUUGUGAAAAUGGGCUUUCCUCAUCAUGCCUUACACUCUAGUGCAUCGGAUACGUCUAUGACAGUGUGUAUGUGCCACGCAGAAAACUCAGAUGAAUCGGUAAAACUUAUGAGUACUGGCUAUCUUUGUCCCCAGUGCUUUAGUAAGCAUUGCGAGCUUCCCGUCGAAUGUAGAGCUUGCGGUCUUACUUUAGUAUCUGCUCCACAUUUAGCACGAUCGUAUCAUUAUCUAUUUCCUGUUGAAUCUUUUAAAGAAGUUGCAUUUGAAAGCAACCAUUUAUUCUGCUUUGGUUGCCAAAAAGCUUUUACGCAAAAGGACAAAAAGGUCUACAUUUGUGGAAAAUGUAAUCAAACGUUUUGUUUAGACUGUGAGAUAUUUAUUCAUGAAAUCUUACACACAUGUCCCGGUUGUGCGACAAAUCCUGCAACAUACAAUAAAACCACAGAUAAAUCUUAAAAAAAUAUGUUUAGUAUAAAUUUUGUAUAAGCAUUGCCACAAAGAGUGAUAAAAAUAAUACUACAGAAUAAUCAUAAUGUAAUAAUCGAUUUAAUAGUACUAGAACACACUAGAACUUGUAAGACGGUAAAUAACAAUGAAAACAUAGAAACACAUUAUCCCAGUUUAAGUAAGCUUUUUAAAUUAAUUUAAAUAAAUAAAUAAUUAAAAGUAAAAAA